GGUCCGGGCAGGAAGUCGUCCUCCCGCCUUCCGCUUGUGGAGGGAGCGCUUGUUGAGGAAGUGAGAGGCCCAGCGGGGAGCGCCCUUUGCGGGGCUGCCGGCUAGUGGAGUGAGGCCGAGGCGCUCUUCCUACUCCCUUCAGCCUCUAAAGGCGGAGAAGCUUCAAGGGGCUCCAUGACGGUGUCCAUUCCUGACUGUCAUUAAGCGUCUUUGAAGUUGAAAAGGGCCCUGCAAAACAGUUUGAAUUGACAAGGUAAUGGGCUCAGAGAACAGUGCUGUAAAACGUGAUGCACUGGCAGGGCAUCCAUUUACAUUUCCCUCCGGAGUCAAUAUUUACCCAGCAGUAUUGUCUCAUGGCAAACUUGCUUCUGUUUUUGUGUAUAAGAGAGAGAAUGAAGAAAAUGUUAACAAAGCUGCCAAGCACCUGAAAACAUUACGCCACCCUUGCCUCCUGCGCUUCCUUUCUUGUACUGUGGAAACAGAUGGAAUCCACCUCAUUACUGAGCGUGUGCAACCACUGGAGAAGGUCUUGGAGACACUUUCGUCUUCAGAGAUAUGUGCUGGAAUCUAUGAUAUUCUGCAGGCCCUAGUGUUCCUUCAUGACAGGGGAAACCUAACACACAACAAUAUCUGUCUGUCUUCUGUAUUUGUAAGCGAGAAUGGGCACUGGAAACUAGGAGGCAUGGAAACAGUCUGCAAUCAGAAUGAAGCUACACCAGAGUUUUUGAAUAGCAUCAAGUCAAUACGAGAGAAGACAGGCAUUCCACCUGAAGAACUGUGUGCAGAUUUCCAACUUCUUCCUAAGGCCCAGGGUCAUUCCCGGGAUGCCUACGCAUUUGGUGUAAUGGUUGAAAGCCUGAUGACUUUUUUGAAGGAAGGCGUUGCAGAUGAUGUUUUGGUCAGCUUUCAAGAGACCUUACACACCACUUUGCUAAAUCCUGAUCCGAUGUGCCGCUGCCCAUUGUCUAGUCUAUUAUCCCAUGAAUUUUUUCGGAAUGAAUUUCUGGAAAUGUUAAGCUUUCUGAACAGUUUGACAUUGAAAACAGAGGAAGAAAAGACAGAAUUUUUCAAAUUUCUGCUGGACAGAGUAUGUGGCUUGUCAGAGGAGCUGAUUGCUUUGAGGUUGGUACCUCUCUUGCUCAAUCAGCUUGUGUUUGCUGAACCAGUAGCUGUCAGGAGUUUUCUUCCUCAUAUCCUGAGUCCAAGAAAAGAUAAAGUGGGUGAAAGCCAAAUCAAUGGCCUGCUGUCUCCAGCUGUGUUCCAAGCACAUGUCAGCCCUGUGCUCCUGAAACUGUUUGAAGUGCAUGAAGAGCAUGUUCGGAUAGUAUUGCUAUCUCACCUAGAUGCCUAUGCAGAGCUGUUUACUCAGAAAGAGCUGAAAAAUAUCAUAUUGCCACAGGUUUUAUUGGGGCUGCGAGAUACCAGUGACUCACUGGUAGCGAUAACUCUGCAAAGCUUAGGAGUGCUGGUCUCUCUACUUGGACCUGAUGUUGUUGUGGGAGGUGACAGGACAAAGAUCUUCAAACGGUCAGCACCAAGUUUCACUAAGACCUCGGACCUUUCCACAGGAGAUUCUCUCAAUCAUGUAAUCAACUGCCAGAAAAAGCUGGUCUCUCAGCCUCUGCAGGAUAACUCAAGCGUAUUCCUCAAGUGCCCCAACUCUGGAAAUCUUUCAUUCAACAACAGGAAUCAUGUGCCAAGACAAAAUGCUCACAUUGCCUUAAGAAAAGGAGAACAAGACUCUUUGCAUUUAUACAAUAUGCCUGGGGACUUACACACAUUGAAGAAUGGUGGAAGCUGCACGCAUGUAGCUGAGAAGACAGUAGAGGAAUGGCCAGACUGGAGUGAGUGCGAAGAGCUAGAGACUGGGAAAAGUGCAACCGUAGAAAUCAAAAGGAACGAAUUUUGUGUCAACAGCAACCCCAGUCUCACUAGUCACAAUGCAGAUGAGACAUCUUGGAGUGAGACGGUUCAUAGCCCUAACUUCAAAUUGUCCUCAGGAAACGGUCUCCAUGCAACAGGGUUCAGUAGCAUCGCAGAGUCUCCAGAUACAUUUGAGCUCCAAAAGGAAUAUCGAACUCUCAAUUCCAGUCCCUCUACUGGGCCUGGCAACGAUACUUAUAUCCACAGGGACCAGAAUUUCGAAAUUUCCUCUCUGCUCAAAACAUCCUGCACAGAGAGAUCUCCCAAAUGUGAUUUAGGAGAGGAGUUUAUGAUCCAGGUGAAGAGGAAAGAGUUUCAUGAUCCAGAGCUGGACUGGUUUGCUGACAUGGUCCCAGACAUCAAACCUUCAUCAACUUUCUUCAUUCUACCAGAACUGGGGCCCCAUCCUGUGAUUCACAGCAACUUAGACAAAGAUUACAGUCCUGUAUGUGAUACUCAGAAGAUGCAGUUUUCUUUGAAAUUUGCAGCUCCUGAAGUUUCAGAGGUAAAUGGUGUUGGCUGGGAAGAGCAGGAGGAACUGAAAUGGGAAGAUGAUGCCAACUGGUGACAACUGAAUCACUGAAUAAUAUUACAAUUGGAUGCCACUUUGCACAACAUUACGGGCAGCCUGCCCACAAUUCCUUGCGAGCAUUUAGUACUUUCACGGUACAUUUGCCUUUCCACUCUAUGAAGUUUUGGCCAUAACUACUGCUGGGGCCUUCUGCCCAUGGUUCUGAAAAAGGAUCCUUGGAGAGAGGGAGAUAUGUAAUUUUAUUUUUUUUCCUCAACAAAUAAUGAUUGUGGAAAACUUUAGGGAAAAUAAAUGGAUACACAUUCGUUUAA